CACUUUUGUUCACAUACAAGAACAUGUCAUGCAGUCUGCCUCUAACUUUCAAUAUCCGAAAGACAAUCCUGAUAGAUCUAGCCCACGAAAUACAUUGUCUGGCAAAGCUUCUUUAUAUCGGAUCCGUAGUUUGUCUUCGUCACGAAUACCCAGCGCGUGUCCAUAAAUAUUUGGACAAGAACUUAUUUCAUAUUUUCAUUAUUUCCAUAUUUGGAAAAAUGGAAAACUAAAACUGGUCAAGCUAACCAAAUUAGGCUUUGUUAUUAUACUUGGCUAACUUAAGGCAAAUUAUUGUUACCGAAAACGAAGCCGUCGGCUUUUUACAAAAAGCUUUGACGACAAAAUGUUGCUUCGAAUGUCCAUGCCGCUGGUUCUGUUUCUCUUCGCUUGGCAAAGCGAAUCGACACCGACGGUCCAACAGAACCGACUGAAGCUUCUCUACUACACCGCCUCAGACGACGGCAGCCAUCACCUGACCAACACCAAGAUCGCCGAAGCUCUCGUCAGGAAAGGACAUGACGUCACCUUCCUCCUUAGCGACAGCUUUAUAAAGUGGCGGAACGCCAGCAGGGCUGACAAGUUCAGGUUCACCGUGCACCGAUCGCUGUACACGACGGAGGACCGGGAGCGGAAUAAGCGAGGACUGUCUCGAGUUGCUCUGCGUGGGGAGCUGAGAGGCGCGGUAAACGCGAUGAAAUUCCUCCUGAGGUCGAUGUACUCCGCGGAUAGUCACGGUCGCCGGGCGUGGUUCAACUUCCUGUGGAGCGAGUGCGACACCUUGCUGGGGGACAACGCAACGAUCCGGGCGCUGAGAGAGGAGAACUUCGACCUGCUGAUCGGGGACGAUUUGUCUGAUUGCCAGCCGCUGCUUGCAGAGAUUCUGGGGAUCAAAUUUGUCCUGGUCAGCGGCACGGGCAUCCUUCCUUCCAAGGGAAGCUGGUACGGCAUUCCAAACCACUCGGCCUACAUUCCCGAGCGCCAGGCUGGUCUAACCGACAUGAUGAGCCUGCCACAGCGCAUCAUAAACACCUGUCGCUAUUUCGUCACCGGUCUGGCCAGACGAGCUGCGCUUCGGAGGUUUGAGGAUCUCCAGAGAAAGUACAACUUGAGCCCGGAGAACCGGAUGCCAGAGAUGCUGGCCCAGGCUCAGCUCUGGCUGUUCUACGGUGACUUUGGGCUGGAGUUCGCCCGACCCUUGCAGCCCAACACUGUGAUGCUUGCCUCACCCAUGCUGGGUCUUCCCUCCAACGAAAAGAUUUCAGUGGAACAGCAGAAAUUUCUGGACGAUGCCAACGAAGGCGUCGUUCUGUUCACGCUGGGUAGUCACGUGAAGGAGGUGGAAACUGCGCAGGCUCAGAUGUUCGCCAACGGAUUGGCCAAGCUGAAGCAGCGCGUCAUCUGGCAUUUCCCUGGCAGUGUUACGCAUUUGCAUAUCGGGAACAACACGAAGGUUGUACAAUGGAUGCCACAGCAGGAGAUAAUGGCUCAUAGGAACACCAAGGCGCUGUUGAGUCACGGCGGGCUGAACGGCAUGUACGAGGCGGCUUGGUACGGCCUCCCCAUGGUCGGUAUACCCCUCUUCGGUGACCACUUCGACAACAUGGAGCGAGCAGUCGCUAAGGGGAUGGCUCUGCAGUUGGACAUAGCCACGUUGACAGAGGACGCCCUUUGCGACGCAGUCACCCGCGUCAUUGAAGAUCCAAGAUAUGGCGAGAGGGCGCAACACAUCUCACGCCUGCUCCGCGACGAUCCAGUCAUUCCGUCCGAGAAGGCAGCUCACUGGAUCGCCCACGUGGGCAAGUACGGCGGGGAGUACUUGCGACCUCGUGCGGCCGACCUCAGCUGGAUCCAGUACCACCUGCUAGACGUGUACGCCUUCCUGGCUGCCAUUUUGUUCGGUGUGCUUGGUGUGUUGCUACUAGGCUGCAAGGGUAUUCUGUGGAUGGCGUGUCGCAACCGCAGGCAACGGAAGAUAAAAGUUAACUAGAGGAAUGAAUGAAUCUAGAACGAUUCAACGCUAUUAAAUUAACGCACAUUAGGAUAGAAUUGCAGCAACAAGAAAUAGUUACAAGUGAACUAGAAUUAGCUGAUCUGUUAGUUGGCCUGAAACAUCAUUGGUGGCAGUCAAGUAUUGUUUAAUUCUCAGUUUCCUUAACCAAUUGGUCAAGAAAUAAUCAAAUUUUCUAAU